GCAUGCGUGUCCCUGCGGAGCGGCGCCGGCCUGGCUCCCGGCGAUGUGAGCCCGCCCUGCGCGGCGGGUCGUCCUGCGUCUGGCUGUUGCUGCCAAAAUUGGAUGGAUUUUAGUGGAUUCUGAAGUAUGACAUCAUGGCAAGAUUUCGCAGAAGAACAUGCAUCAUUUUGUUGCUUUUUAUUUUGUUUAUUUGCUCCAUAAUGAUGGCUUUGAAGACUCUGAGACCUGACAGAGCUGGCUUUGGGGACCCAUUUGGACUUGGUUUAUUGCCUGAGCUUCAACAACGGACAGAGCUCUUAGAGAAUAAACGAAGUUCCUUGAAUAGGAUUCAAGGAGAUACUGUAACACAGAUCAGUAAUAUGCAUGCUGCUGUGGUCAAUACUAUGAAAGCAUCCAUGCCUCCUGCGAACAAGUUGGAAGGAGAGCUGUCUUCUCCUAAUUAUAACUUUCAUAUAUUCUAUUAUAGCUGGUUUGGGAAUCCACAGUUUGAUGGUAAAUACAUUCACUGGAACCAUCCACUGUUGCCACAUUGGGAUCCCAAAAUUGCAAACAAUUAUCCAAAGGGAAGGCAUAAUCCUCCUGAGGACAUUGCAGCCAAUUUUUAUCCUGAACUUGGAUCUUACAGUUCCAAAGAUACUUCUGUAAUAGAAGCUCACAUGAAACAAAUGCUUUCAGCUUCAAUUGGUGUAAUAGCACUUUCAUGGUACCCACCGGGUAUGGCUGAUGAAAAUGGAGAACCAACUGAUGAUUUGGUGCCUAUUAUUUUGGAUUAUGCAAGCAAAUACAAUCUAAAGGUCACUUUUCAUAUUGAGCCCUACAAAGAUAGAGAUGAUCGCAGUAUGUACCACAAUGUCAAAUACAUCAUUGACAAAUAUGGAGCCCACCCAGCCUUUUACAGGCAUAAGACCAGCACAGGCAGAUCUCUUCCCAUGUUUUAUGUUUAUGAUUCUUACGUAACAAUUCCUGAAAUAUGGGCAAAUCUGUUAACUGUAUCUGGAUCCCAGACUAUUCGAAAUACUCCAUAUGAUGCGUUAUUCAUUGCUCUUCUUGUAGAAGAAAGACAUAAGCAUGAUAUUCACAGAAGUGGCUUUGAUGGAAUGUACACGUACUUUGCCACAAAUGGGUUCUCUUAUGGCUCAUCUCAUCAUAAUUGGGCAAAUUUAAAAGCCUUUUGUGACAGCAACAACUUAAUGUUUAUUCCAAGUGUGGGACCAGGAUAUAUCGACACCAGUAUCCGACCAUGGAACAACCACAACACACGUAAUCGUGUCAAUGGAAAAUACUAUGAGACUGCAUUUAAUGCAGCCCUUUUGGUGAGACCAGAAAUUAUUUCCAUUACAUCUUUCAAUGAAUGGCACGAGGGUACUCAGAUUGAAAAAGCUAUCCCCAAAAAGACUGGACAAAUAGUUUACCUUGAUUAUAAGCCCCAUAAACCAAAUAUUUAUCUAGAGCUCACUCAGAAGUGGUCUGAGAAGUACAGAAAAGAAAAAGAGCGGUGGCUUAUGUGAGCUAUUUCUACUGCAAUUGUUUCUUAGCAUAUUGAAUACAGUGAGAAAGAAAUUGAGAGCUCAAGAAUCUGUUUGAAAUGCCUUUAUUAUUGGUAUGUUUAAGUCAUUAUAUCGCAUUAAUGUAAAUGCACUACUACUAAAUUUUGAAGAGUAAAAAAGUGUGAGAAUAUUUUCAUCUCAUUGGUUAGUGUAAUUCAAGAAUGCUUUAUUUUAAUUAGUAAUUUGCAUGCUAAGCUUCAAGAACAUCUGCAUGGGAUAACUACAUGACUGAAGUAGUACAAAAAUGACCGAUAAUUGUAUACUUUAUUCAUGUACUUCUGUUUCUAAUCUAAGUGAUCCUUUAAGCUAAAUUUAAUCUUGAUAGCUUGCUUUUUGCAGGAUGCAUGUCAGUAGUGUGUGGAGUAAACUACAGCUACUGUUUUUAUGCUUUGCACAUUGGGAGUUCUUGAUUAUAUCAUUAUUUUGUGGUAAAAACACUGUAUGUAUGUCUCACUGUAUGUAUGCAACAUUGGUGAGUUUUCAUUUAUUUCAUUUUUAAAUAUAUGGUUUUGAAAGAUUGAGCUCCAAAGAACUACUGAAAUAUUUCUAGUUUAAUUGUAUUUGUUCUGUUCAGUACAUGCUGCAUACUUUUGCACGUUACUGGAAUGCUAACAAGUUUACAUAGUUUUUCUAUGUCUGAACUUUAUUAAAAAAUAAAAAAUAAAAAUCCCAACAACCAGAAAACAUAACGACAAAAAAUCCUGAAAUUUGAGAGUGGGGAAAAAAACUUAUAAAAAUACAGGAGAAAAAAAAAAAAAACAACAGUAGUUAUAUGUUGUCUGUUGACUACAGGCACAGAUUUUGUUUUUAAAAACAUCAAAGAUUCUAAAGCUAAUAUUUUGCUAGUCAUACAGUAAAUAUAAUCUUAAGUUAUGCUUUUUCAUUUAUAAUUUUUGGGGCAAUGUAAUCUGGUAGCAGUGACAUCAACUACUCAUCACUUUUAUUCGGAAUCAGAUUUCUAUUUUCAUGUAUUUCCAAGAUCCAGAACAAUAGAUACUAAAGUCGUGUUAGUGUUCAAGUAAGCUGCUCAACACUACUUUUAACAAUAUGGUGUGCCUAGAAAUUAGUUCUUUUUAGAUCUGAGAGUCUCACCUUUCCAGUGUAGUGACUACUGUUUGUUUUUCUUACUGAAGCUUGAAAAUAUCAAAUUGUGUGGAUAUGUCUCCUCAAAAAUCCGUUUCUGGAAGGGGAAAGGGGGCAUGGAUUUUUUCAUACAACUUUACAGGAAAACAGUAGACAUUAAAUUAUUGCAGUAUAUGUUUAUUUGCAGUAUAUGUUUAAUCUGUAAUGAAGAGGCUUUAAAAAAAAAAACAACUGUUCUUGCUUUGUAGUUAAUAUACUGUAACUGUUGUAACCACUAGAAUACUCUCAAUUUCAACAGGAUUGUAAUUAUUCACACUU